ACUGAAUUAUUGAGCUAAAUUUAAUAACAAAGAAAACAGCAACUUGUAAUAGUUUUUGCUGUGGAUCAGACAUAACUAGUUUUCUACGAGUAAGUCUGUGACUUUCAUAUAGCUGACAGUAUAUAGUAUAUAUACUAUAUACUGACAUCAUUAUGACCUGCUCCGUUUGAAAAGAAUUUUUUAGAUUUGAAAACUUGUCUUCCCCACCCCCAUUUUUAUAAAGAGAAGACACUUAUCAGGAAAGACUCGACUAUUGAUAUAACAUAAUGUAAAUAUCAAAGUCACUAAGACGCAUAUGCAGUGGAAGCUAAAGUAAUACAAUUGUAGAAAACUUGUUUUAAGUAAUAUAAUACUGGGUUUAUAAAAUUUACUUGUCUAGAUUUCAAUUUUCAACUAUUAUAACCAGUUGUAUUUUAGACUGUCCUGGUUUUAGCUAACACAUUGAAAUGUUGUUUGGAAAUUAAUAUGCGAGUUAUUUAUUUUAUCAGGACUGCACCAAAUAAGGGUGACGUGACAAAGCACAUCAACUGAUAAGCAAUGAUUUAUCAAAUUUGCUUACAUGUCACAUGUCUAUUUUUUUUUUUCAAGUUGACAUGUGAUCUAUAUUUCGUGGAGGAAAUCUACUUGAUUUAAAUUAUAAGAUACAUUCUACAUUAUUUUUUUAUAUCUUUUACCCAAAUUGUUUGCAAUAAUUAAAAUAUCGGAGUAAGUUAUAAUGAGCCCUGAAGAGAUAAAAGCGGAAAUAGAGAAUAGUCGCUCUUUGGUGUAUGACAGAGAUGGCAACUUUACGGAAUUUUAUUAUUAUAAAGGAAUUCCCCUGCCAGGUGUUCCGACCAUACCAUCAGUGAUAUCAACCAUUCAGAAUUUUCCUCUAAGAGAUGAUGACAUUUUCAUCUGUGCUUAUCCUACUGCUGGUACACAUUGGAUAUGGGAAGUAACUAGUAUGAUUGUCAGAGGGAAAGCCGAGAGGAUUCCAAAUGUUAAAGAAGAGUACAUGCUGGAUUUUAUAGAAUUUGAAAAAUUUGAAUCAUUAGAAUCUCCACGAGUGUUGAAUUCCCAUUUUCAUCCAAGUUUUCUUCCUGAAAAGUUAUUGAAGGACAAUAAAAUCAUCUUUGUUGCACGUAAUCCUAAGGCAGUAGCUGUCUCCUACUACAGACACACUCUCGGCAUAACAGAAACUCACUACAAUGGAAAUUUCCCUAGCUUUUUUGAGAUGUUUAUGAAAGGCGAUGUUCCUACAGGUGAUUAUUUUAAAUACACAAAACAGUGGUGGCCAGUAAUAAAAGACAAGCCGAAUGCUCUGAUAGUAACAUAUGAAGACGCUUCAGAGGAUCUUCGAAAAGUUGUUUUAACCAUAGCAGAAUUUCUUGGCAAGAAGAUUUCAGACCAACUUGCUCUGGAAAUUGCAGAUAUGUGUUCGUUUGACAAAAUGAAAAAAGAAAAGAAAGUAGUUAAAGAAGAUCUACUGAAAGUUACGUUCAAGGAAAAUUGUAGCUUUUAUCGGUCUGGAAAAGUUUCCACUUGGAAGGAAUGGUUAACUGUGGACCAAAGUGAACAACUGGAUUCACGGAUACAGUCUGAACUCAUUGAUCAAGAAAUUAUUUUGAAUAUUUAAGAAUCCUUCCUCUCUCAAAGACAACAAUACUACUACUACUACUACUACUACUAACAACAACAAUAAUAAAGCAUCAAAGCAAAUAAA